CGUGUUUUCAAAUAAUAAUGGGAUGGUAUUACGUCCGUUGUACGAUACAACUAGUACAUAUCCUCGGACUUAUCGUUUGAAGGCUACUUACAUCACGAUAAUUUUUGUACGGUACUUUGGCUAACCUGUGUUGUAUUAAUUUAUUUCUUGAAAGCCAUUUUUUUCAUCAUAGUGUUUUUGUCCGGUUUUUGUCGUGUCUACAGACGUGAAAAUUUUUUUAUUUUUUUCGAUAGUGUUGUGUUCUUCAGUGCCGGUUGUAGAAAUGAAGCGUGUGACAGAAUAAUGUGCAUCUGUGGGAAAAAACACGCAAGACUUCAGAACUUUCCACUUAAAUAUUCAAAAGAAUGGCCAUGAUUGUCGUUUUCAAAUGUUUGGAACGCCACGGUUUUGUAAUGUAUGCGCGUGUGACUUUUCGAUUGCACAUGGUGAAAGGGAUGACUGUAGACGGCAUAUUGAAUCAAAGAAACAUGCAGAACAUUUUAAAGCCGUGACUAGCAAUAAAUCUAUAUUUUCGUUUUUUCGCUACAUCUGAAGAAACGAAAGUAACGAACGCAGUUAUUGUUUACAAGUCCUUGUGUUUGUCUUGUUUGUUUACAUGACAUUUCUUAUCGAACCAGGAUAAAAGAAGCAAAUAAAAAGACAGUUGUUUUAAAGUUUAACUUUGAAUACAUUGAAUUGAAGAUUCAAAAUAUCCAGUAAAAUUAUUAAUAUUUCUUACAUAUUCAGAUGAUUGUAUUGUUCAAAUAGAUUUUUUUAUGUAUUAAUUUGCAUUGUAUUCAUAUUUUUCUUUUUCUUUUGCAUAUUAUUGUCGUUGUUUUAUCUUGUGAGUGUGUUAUAAUGCCCCAGGAAAAAUUUAUCGUGCAUGAUUUACGCGUACUUUUUUCAUAUACCUAAUUGCCAUUACUGAUGGGUGUGAUUUGAGGUUGGCAGCUCUGCACCCUGUAACCCACCGUUUGGGAACCGCUGUUCUAGAGUGAAAAAACUUAACACACUGACACUAAACAUCUCUGUCUUUUUGAAAACAAGCCUUGGCUACACUAUAUUUCUAAGAAUCUCUGGAGAACCACAGGAUAAGGUUGCUGCUAGUAUCAAUGAAACAGUAUGCCUGUGACCACAAUCUGGAAUAUCUCUCGUGGCAAACAGUCUCGGCUUUGCUUUUAAAUCACAACAUAAAUUCAUGUUUCUAUAGCAAGCACAUAUGGUGGUUGCAUUUUUGCACAGUCUACCUUAAUUUGUCUGUACAGUUAUCUUCACGAAAACUCAUGUUAGAUUUUAUACAGGACUGUUUUCCUCGGUAAUUCAAAUUCACACACUCAGGUAUGUAGUACUAAAACAAUCUCACACAUGGCUGUAAUGUUAUACUGAUGUUAAUACGUCUUUCCCAAAUAAAGGUGAGUUUUCAUAAUCCAGUAGGAAUUUUUAAAUACUGUUUUCAUAGUAAGGUAUUGAGUUGUGAAAAACACCACUUUCAAAAAUUUAUUAUUUUAUUUACAGAAAAGCAUUGACUAGAAGUUAACCAAUCAGUGGAAAACAUACCUAUUUUGAAAAUUUUUUAUGGAAAAGUUACUCUCCGCCAGAAUUACUGUUUUUAAAAUACCAUUUUAUGCCAACUUCAACGCUGUUUCCGAGUUCUCAGAUGUCUUUAAUCCAGUGUAAUUAAAAACAAACCAUUUAAUGCAAAUCAGUUUUCACAAAAUGCAAAGUUUUUUAAUGUACCUGACAUUACAAACAUUUCACGUUGACAUCGUCCGGGCCUGCGGCCCUGUUAAGUCCGAUAUGCCACCGCCAAAACACCCCCCACCCUCCAUUCAAACCUCCCGCCUACCUGUGCAUCCAUGUGCGUGUGUGUUCGCCCGGCAAGAGGGUGCUGUCGAGUCAGUGCGCCGCACCCCUAAAACAUAAUUAAAUGUAAUUGUGUUAUUUGUUUUAAUGUUCCCCAAGUGCAACGUGAAGGUAGAUCGGCCGGGAGGGUUUUAUGUACUUUUAAUUAAAAUAAGGUAUCAAAAUUGACGUCGUCCGGGCCUGCGGCCCCCUUUGAGCCCGAUAUGCCACCGCCCAAACACCACCAUCUGUUCAAACCUCCCGCUUGUGCGUGUGUUGCUAGCCCGGCAAGAGGGCAUUUAGCUGCAGUGUGCCGCACCCCUAAUUGGUAUUAAUAAAUAUUGUAAUCCUUUUCUUUUCACCCCAAAAUAGUGUCACGACGGCUAUGCAUGUGAGUGUCUUUUAUUUAACUAAUUCAUGAUGUUUUGUUAUUUAAUAAGUGCAAGCAUGAACAAGGAUGCUCCCUAGCGGGCGACGGAGGAACUAGCAUGCAACUUCAUUUAAACCAUUUUCUAUCAUAUAAGUAAUUAUUACAGACGGUCUGGGCAUGGAUGUAAUGUACUAAUUUUUGUAAAAGGAUUUAUGUAUUUUUCAAUAGUAACCCGGGGCAUGCCAAAGCUAAGUUGUAACGGUAAUUGUGUUCGGCGCGAAGGGCGCCAUGUUGCCUCCCGCAAGCCCUGGUCUCUUCCCAGUCUCUUUCUCCAGCCGGCCGAGGGCGGACGUGUCUGCAACUCGAGGCGACCACGUGCGUGGUUCGCCUCCUCACCUAAUUCGAUUCGUGCCUUGGGCGUGUUAUAGCUGUAUCAACGGAGCAUUGUGUAAGGGCGUGUACCGUGAGUAAUAAAAACCAACUAAUUGAGUCACUUGUUUUUGUGUUCCGGGGGCCACGUGGGUCCUUAACCUGGUCAGCUGCGUGUGGGACGUCCUGAGAGCCCACUGCGAUUAAUUAGGAGCGUGCCCGACGCUGAGAGCGGGCUUGGUUAGGGACAGGUGUUGCGUAAAAAUCAGGAGGGCUAAUAUCUCGCCGCACACGGGCCACGUAACGCCCUGAGUUAGAGUACUCCAGCCAGGUCCACGUGGUGGCGCCCAUUAAUUUCCACCAAUAAUCCAAUCUUAGCACCGGUACGCCCUCAAAAUAUAAUAGCGUUUCCGGACAUUCCCGAGAAAUCCCGAAGCCAGACAAUAAUUAAAUGUCAUUCUUAAUAAUUGUAAUUUGUAGUAUUCUUUUGCAUUAUUCAGAAAAUGUCACAUAAUUUUUAAAUCAUUCUUGUCAUGUUACUUUAGUUUCCCGUGGCACGAAUUCACAAAUAUCUUUAACGGCAAUUGUUUCGGCGGGAGGACGCCAUAUUAGUCGAGCCGAGCCGAGCCGAGCCGAGUUAUGAUCUCAGCCCAGUCUUCCACCAUCAACGACCGAGAGUAGACGCUUCUGCACUCUGGGGACCUCACCGCUUGUUUUCACCGCUAAGUAAUUCUGUUUAAUUUUAAUUCUUUCCAAAUCGUUUUCUUUUCAUCCUCAGAGCUUCUCUCGGUCGGGGGACUGUUUAAUUAAUUAUCUUACGACCAGUAACGAUCUUUGUUUCUAUGUAAUACGUAAUUAGAGAUGUGACCACGUGGUGGGUCUUUACACCUAAACCGAUUCGUGCCGCGGGCAUUUUAUACAGUUUCAAUCGUGUACGUGAGUUGAAUUAGUCGAAUAAAUCAGGUGUGUAAAUCUAACGUAUUAUUUUAUUAUUUAAAUCUGUAUGACCACGUGAAGUGUGACGGCGUGUGGAACGCCUGAGAGUCCACUGCGUAGAUAAUAGCGUGCCCAACGCUGAGAGCGGGCAGGAUUUAGUGCUAGGUGUUUUCAGGGGGUAAAAUCACGCCUCACAUGGGUGACGUCACACCCUGAGUUAGGAGUCUCACCGGGUCCACGUGCCUCACCACGUGGUGGCGCCCACUAACAUAUCACCUUAAAACCGUCCGAACAACCCCCGGCCCCAGCAAGUGCCCCCGUAACAACGUUGUUUUAAUUACACUAACAACUUUGAAACAAACAUAGGAAAUUUAUUAUAUUUCCUAGACUAGGAAAUUUUAUGAUAUAUUUGACCUCUUAAAUGAAACACAAAACCAUUUUAUGUUACCUCAGAAUUUAAAUUGAAAUGGAAUUAGUAGGAUGUUUAAUUAUUGCCUAAAAAUUAUUCUGUAAACUCCCGUAUUAGCUAUUUUCACUAUUUAAAAAUAUAUAUUUUAAAAACAAAAUUCAGACACAGAAUCAUUCUUAAAUACUUUUCAUAAAUGGACACAAGAUGGAUUCGUUGGGCAGUUUUCAAAUUUUGUUGUUUUAUUCUGAAGCUCUUCACACCGUAUGUGUGCCUGGGUGAGUGGGGCUCUCAUCACAGUAAUUAUUGACAAUAAUUAUUACUGUUGCAUAAUUGACCUUUACAUAAAAAUAUAAUCUAACACACCAUUUAAUCCAACUUAUUGAAGAUGCUGACAAUUCAAAAUACAUAGCUGUUAACGUUAAAAAAUAUAAAUCUAUGACCAUGAUCACAAACAAAAUAUACAUACACUGAUUAAAAAACAUAACAAAUAAGUACCCUGGUUAAAAGGAAUUGCACAUUAAAAUAUUUAUCUAAAAAAAAAUUAUGCAAUUUUAAAACAAUUUCUGUACUUCUUGCUCCUCACCAUUGGCAUAAAUUAUUUCAAUGAAAAGUGUAUUUUUUACACACUAUUGUUUAAUAUGGCACAAAUCAAUCAUUAAAAUGUGUACUUAGAGCCCUUCCAUGUUAAAACAACAUGGAAAAAAAAAUUUUUUUCAUCCUCAUCAUCUCAAGAAUUGUUGUAAUUUAGCACAGUAAUUAACAGUAAUGAACAUAUGUAAUUUUAUUAAAAUAUGUGAACUUGUUUUCGAUGCCUAGAGCUAAAUACAGUAUUUUAAAAAUGGGGCAAGAAACAGACUGUAGCAGCAAUUUUUUUAAAUUACUUUAUAAUCUUUUCUAAUUUAGAGACUUGAGCUGUGUGCCAUUUUACAGCUUUUUAUGCUCUUUCCUAAAAUAUAGAAGACUUUAUAGCUUUAAAAAAGUUUCUCAAAUCUAAUUAAUUUUUUAAAUCAAUUUUUUAAUUAUACAUUGACGUCGCCCAAGACUCUCCUGAUUCGCGUAGCCUGUUAUGCCACCUAUACACCUCCUCUCUGGAGGGGAGUGCAACUCAGCGAAUACUAGCCGCCGCUGGCGAGUCGAUUGUCGCCUACGCAACAAUCGACUGUGUGACAAUGUUUGCUAGUUGAUCAUCAACGCUCAAGAAGGAAGAGUAUGCACGCGGCGUGGAGGACGCAACUCAAAUUAUACCAGCGUGUGUGGGUCGCAGAUUCCUUCAUCACCAUCGGAGAGCCACCACCACCACUCCUGCCGUCUGCUGCAGCCAUGCAGUGACGUCACGCCCUGAAACGAGUCUCUGCUCGCCCUGCGAACUGGCCAGCAGGCACAAAAUCAAGGUCAUUUGGUGCCUCUAAAAAAACCAUUUCAAAUGACAGCGGCGGUAGGACAACAAUUGGUGCCCAGCUGGUGUGGCCUUCAAGUAUUUUCAUAAUUUUGUUAAAAUCCUAAGUCUGAAACAGGACGACGCAGUAAGGACAGACGCUUGUCGCGCGGCAACAGGAAGCUGGCGCGGAGGCGUGAUAAGGUAGGCAAGGAUUUGGUGUCUGCGUCUCAUGCCGGGAUCAAGUAGCCGCCGACUCGCCGAGAUUCGGCCGCGCAAUACCCGAGUGAACAUGAGAUAAACGCCGUCAACACGUCGGGAUCAACAGUAUCGUGUUACAACAUCGCGCUGCGAGAGCAUUGUUUUUCUUUCCCCCCUUCCCCCCCCUUCCCCCCCCCCUCUUCCCCCACACCAUGAGUGGAACAGAACCAAACUUUGCUGAAGCUGCUGGCUCUGGGAUAUUGCAGGACCACUCAAUGUUGCAUCUUCCGCAGGGCGAGAAGCGAGCGGACACGGGACACGUGGUCGGGGGAGAGGGGAGGAGGCCCUCCCUGCCAUCGGCGCAACCACGGAUAUGGCCGGGCGCAGCGCACACAUAGCAAUCGACUUGAGGAGGCGUGUGGAACAGUUGCCGAAUUAAGUGCCCGUAGGAUGAUAAUGGACAGUUAAGUCUGCGUGCCGGACACGUCACUACCGGACAUAACAACUGAACAACAGUUUGCCAGUGGCGAAGGACGCGGAACAAUAGUGUGCGGGGCAGUGCGUUGUCGGGGAGAGUUUGGGGAGACAGCUGUUUGCCACGAGCGUGGACUAAGAAAAUACUGCUUAUGAACGACCGCACUCGUUUUCCUGUGCUUCCGUUAUGGAUUAUAUCUGUGUACAGCGUGUGAUGAAUGAGAAAUAAACACUGCAGUCAAGCAACCAGUGGUCGUUUUCCGCACUGGGGGCGGCGGAUUCACUUUACUGGAGUUUACGGGUCAAGCUCAUGGCAAUUCAUGGCAAUUCGCGAGUAUUCAUCCGCGUCUGUCGUGAAAAGCUCACCAUAUUAGUGCGCGGAACCGGGUUUCGACCCACAUAGAAAUAGUCGCAGGCGGAAACGCGGCAGCCUCGUGUAAAGUGUUCAGCGUCUUGAGUAUAAAGGACCAUCAAACUUUAUUCCAGUUGUUCUCUUUUCAUCUCUGGAGACUAAGUCCCUCGGCCACGCGGCCCGAACCCCCCUCUACCGAACCCUGAGUAGCUGUCGGAACAGCAGCAUUGUCACGGACUAGUUGACCAGCCGGCGACAGAAUGACUUUACUGCCAAUUCAUAUAGUCCACCAUAUUUUUGACGUUUGCCUGUAACAAGUGUGUCCUUACCUUCAAACAACUUGCACAAGAGCGCAGUUGAUUGGAAUUUGCUCUUAGGUUUACGAUCUUGAACAGCCAGGAGUGAAAACAAAUUCUUUGAAAUGCCUGGUACACACCAAACAUCUAAUAAAACAUAUUUUUUCCAUCUUCCUUCUGAGAAUGCCUCAAUUUCAAUAGAUCCUUGACCAAUAGCUUUUACUUUUGAACCAUCUGCAGUAAUAAUCACAUGAUCACCAUCAGAAAAAAUGAUCAAAUGUUUUGAACCAGUCUCUUCUAUUGCAAAUGUGAUGGGUAGCUCCAUUAUCCACAUACCAAUUUUAACUAUUGGAUUCUGUAACUAAAGCAUCUGAACUAACUGUAAAAAGUCUAGCUCCUUCAGCCUUUGUACAUUUAGCUUUUGCUGGUUUAGGUGGUCUACCAUCUGCAAUCCAAAAUCUACACUUUUUAAUAUAAUGACCUUUCUUAUCGCAAUAAGCACAUUUCAUUUGGCUCUUGUUAAAAGAAGGUUUAUACUGCUUACCUCGUAUGGUUUUGUCCAUUUCUGUUACCCCUCUAACAUGUAAAAUCUCUUCAGAGAUACUCUCAAGCAAAUUGGUUUCAAAUGUACACAAUUUUUGCGUUAAAUUAUCUAAAUUCUUAUGUUCAUCAUUAAUCAAUCGCCAGCCAUUAGUAAAUGUUUUAAAUUUUUUGGGCAAUGAUUUAAAAAUUUUACAAAUUAAUAAAACAUCUUUGUUACCUUCAGGUUGUUUUUCAAUCUCUUGUUUCAAUUGAUUCCAGACAUUAGACACUUGAUAUAAAUCCUUCAACAUUGUCUUCUGAAGGCCAUUUUGCUUCAAAGAAAUUAUUAUAUAAAUCAAAAAUUCUGUCUUCAGAAAAAGUAUCAAAAAGUUGACAAAGUCCUAACCACAUCAUACGAGCAGAUUCAUAUCUACGAACUUUUUCGAACAUUUCUUCAGUCAUGUUAUUUGACAUAACCAGUAAAGCUUGAUUGUCUGUACUUUUAAAUAGGGAUAAUUGCCUUUUAUAAUCUUCUGAUUCUUUUUCAGCCGGAUCAAUCUCUGGUGGUUUUAACAAUCCAUCAAUUAUAUCUAUUGCAUUUGGAAUUAAACGUAAGGCCAUCCUAAUUUUAGUCUUCCAGUUCUCCCAAUUAGAUUUUCCUUCUAAUAAUGUUAUUUGAGGAACUGAGAAUGAACUCAAAUGCUGUGAUUCCAUGUUGUGAUGAAUACUUAAACUGAUGAACUGCUUACCUUGUUAAUUUUAAGAACCUUAAAGAAUAUUCCCAGGUGUCUGGGCCCAUAACCUUUUGAAGCUGGUUCUUAAAAUAUAUAAAACCAUAUUAUUGAAGAAGGCAUUUAUUUAGUUAAUUUUAUAUUAACUACAACAUAUUAUUUUAAAAGAAGAAUCAAGAAACAAAACGUAACUAUUGUUUUUGUAUAAACAAAAGCAUUGAGAUUACACUAAUAAGAAGGGAGUUUCAUAACAACAUAAUGUGUACUUUAACAAAAUAGAGCCAUAGUCUUUAAUUUUUUUUUUAACAAUGAAGUCAUUAUCAGUCCAAAUUUAUAUUUUGCCCUUUAGUUUACAACAAUACUAUUAUUGGAAUUAAUAUGACAAUUUUUAAACAUGUACUUAAAAAGUAAAGAAUAAAUUUUUAUUAUUAUUUUAUAAACUUUUUUUUUUACGUUAAGCUAUGUAGUUGUUAAUAUCAUAGUAAAGGGCAUAACAAAUGCUGUAAAAUGGCACCCACGUCAGGUCUCUAGCUAAAUAAGGAUAUCUUCUAGAUUUAUUAAAUAAAACAGCUAUUCCCCUUUUUUCCCCAGCAUUAUUCAAAAUGUUAUCUCUGUAAAUCAAAAACGAGUUGACAUACCACUCAAAUAAUUUAAUAUUUUUCCUAGUUAAUACUAAUAAUAAACCUGUGCCAAAUUUCAAGAAAAUCUUAGUUGGUAAGUUUUGUGUCCCUGUGUGAAAUUGAUGGGGAAUGACCCUGUGAUGAAAAUUAAAGUCUGUGCCAGCUAAUAAACUACUACUAAUAAUGCAUUGCCUUUUUACUGGAUCAUCUGGCAUGUUUAUAGAAAGUUAGUAAUACACCUAUCAUUUUCAUAUUUUUGGAAUUUAUAUUUAGUGUGAAGUAGCUUUUAUCCAGUAUUAGGUACAUAAAAAAUGUUUCUUAAUCAAUUAAUGGUUGUACUCUGUAAAAUUUUACUUUAAAUUAAUCUCUGAAGACAUUUUAUUUUUAAUAUCUUCUAGGUUUGUUCCAAUAAAUAUGACAGUGGGUUGGACAGGAAGGUAAUUUGAGUAAAAUCUAUUAAAAAAAAUGAAAAGAAAAAAAUCUAUAAAUAGUGUUUUUGAGCACUACAAAUGUUAAGACAGUUAUGUUUCUUUUGUUAGUUCUAGAUUCUGAAUAAUUCAAAUGCCUGUGACUUCAAUUAAUCAACCUUUAAGAAAAGAGAUUUGAUAUUGACUAAGAUCAGUGUGGAAAAUGUCUCAACAGGACGUGAAAAUGAAAAGGUUACAAUGGUUUUGUACCAACUGUCACUUGAUUUCCAGAAAAGGUGCACCUCAUAUAGCAGGAAAUGAAGAAACUUCAAAAAUGAUCUUUGAUCAUCUCGAAGCCUUGACUUCUAACCUAAGACGCUACUACCCACCCAUAGAAGAAGGAAAGCAGUGGAUUAAAAAUCCAUUUGAUGAGGACAACUUAAAUAAUCUUAACCUCACAACCUCCCAGGAAAAUGAACUCAUUGAACUGUCUUGUGAUUCCAUGUUGAAGUCAGUCUAUAAGGAGAAAGAUGUAACAUUUUGGAUGGAAACGAGGACAGAAUAUCCAACAAUAUCCGUAACUGCAUUGAGGCGGGAGAGACGGGGCCUGCUGCAUGUCCUGGAGAUGAGGCCCGGGACAGAGAGGGGCAGGCUGCCCGCUGCCGACCCCUCCCGCACCGUCAAGUGCUUCACGAGGUCUGCCGCGGGACGGGAGAGGCCGCCUGCAUCCCUCCUGCGACCCCCUCCAGUCCUGCACGCAACUCUGCGCUACCUGCUCGGCAACGUGGUAGCAGACACCAGGUACAACUGGCACCUGGUGUAUGAGUUUGUGUUCGAUCGUCUGCGAGCCAUCAGACAGGACAUGGUCGUACAAGGCGUGUGUCCUACAUGGUCCAUCACGCUUCUCCAGCCGAUGGUGCGCUUCCAUGCCUACGCAGGAUACAGGUUGUGUGAAGAGCCAGCAGCCAGGUUCGACGCUCAGAUCAACCGCACCCAACUGCUCGAGUGCCUGAAGACCCUCCUCGGCCUGUACGACGAGCUGGAGCACGCUGGCUCCUGCUCGUGUCCGGAGUGUGCCGGAGAGGCUGUGACUGCGACGGGGCCAAGUGAUCCCGCCCUCACCAAGGCCAGAGUGCAAAUGGAGGCCUUGUACGGGGCAUUGAACCUGGGGAGUGCUCUAGCCAUCGGCAGGAACUUACAGCUUGGCUUGCAUAAAAGGGAUCCCACGCUAGCUAUUGUUUUGAAGAUGUCUCUGUCACACUGGCUAGGACACUAUGUCCAUGUGUAUCGUAGCCUUAUCCACCUGCCUGCUCUGGUUAUGUGUGUGGCAGUUCUUCAUCUCCCAUCUGUCAGAAGGAAUACACUACAGGUGAUGAGCGUGGCUUUCGGCAGUCGCAAUCUCGGCUACCCCAUCAGCAAACUGGCCAGCCUCCUCCUGUACUCUACCGACAACGAGGCAGCCAAUGACUGCCGGCGGUACUCCUUGGCUGUGAAGGACGGCUCUGUCAUGUUUCACAAGAAAGUCUUCACCCUUGAUGCCAGCCCGAGUCCUGUUCAACAUGAGCCGUUUUUAGAAGACAAGCUCAAUGGAUGUGACCUGCCUGAGAUGUUGCUUGGGACAGGGUCUCAUUAGCUGAGAGCAUACAGCUCUGUGGUUCUAGCAGCUUAUAGAAGAGUGAAGAUCUCAUGCUCAAUUAUUUACAUUCACUCAGCAAUAAGCCUGAAUGCUGCAGCAUAUCAACGUAUUGCUGAAGAUAAAGAAAAUGUAUGUUUUUGCUCACAGAUUAUGAGGAAAAAACGGAAGGUCUUGUACUACAUUGGCAAUUUAAAAAAUAACAACGUACAGUAAACUCUCGAUUAUCCGGUUUUCGGGUUAUCCGUGCUUGAUUUUUUUUAUGAAGUUGUAAAAGAAAUGACUGGGUGUAGCUACGCCGCGACUGCGCUGCACUUUUUUUUUUUUUUUUUUUUUUUUUUUUUUACUGCUUUGUCAGAAAGCUAUUUACCUGACUCUUCAGACCCUCGUUCCCCCGCCAUCUUCACCCGUCAAUUUGUCACACUUUAAACCAAAAAGAAAUGCCUUGACUGCUGCUUCCGGCUCAACUCACUUCCCCCCCCCCCCCUUCCCCCCCUUUUAAAUUUUAUUUUCAAGCUUUCUUUUCACAGCACCCCGCCACGUUAAAAAAAAAAAGUCCCUCUACCUCUUUUACCUUCCAACACUCCUGAAGGCUGGUGGAAGAGGCAUUUUUCAUGCAGUUAUUUACAUCAGUUCUCCAAGGCAAAUUUGUAUGCUAAGAUAACACCCGACCUGGCUUAACUGCUGGUGGUCAUGCCGCAUAUAAGUUUAUUGUGGGGUAUUUUUAUUUAUCUUCAAACCAAACGCAUACGUAAAUUUGACACACAAAUGUGUUUUACAUUAUCACAGUAAUGUUCACAACUUUAAUGAUAUUAUAUUAAUAAAAGUGAAUUCUUUGUGUGGCGCAUCUCAACAUAGUGGCGGUAUCCCUGGUUCCUCCACACAACUAGACAAAGGAAAUUUUGUGAGAAAGCUCAGACGCUAUUGGAAUAUUGCAUCAUUAAAACCUGUAAAGUUACACAAGAAGAGUGCUUGUGUUUUUUUUUUUGGCACGCACACGCACGCAACCAUAGAGUAAGUAAAGGGAGAGGCGCCACUCCCAUAGUAAUGAUCGUUUGCUUAAAUUUGUAAACAAAACCCUUGCGAUCAUACCAUUUCUUUGCAACUUGACAACGAAAAAAUUACAGCCAGAUACAACCUGAGAAAGGUUUAGCGUGUGAUAGUUGGCACCGUUGUAGUCGUCAUAUUUUAUAUUUUUUCGAUAAAGGCUACUGAUAUUGUAAAAUUGCUUUAUGUUAGUUCUUAUAAUGGGACGUUAAACUAUUUCCGCAAUAGAAAAAAAAAGUUUUGAUGUAAAGUAGAUUCGAACUCUCAAUCGUCAGUUUCGAGCCAUGACGCCUAUACCCACAAGACCACCAAUCCAUCUUAAAGUAGAAUUAUCAAGUGUAUGUACUUAUAUAUUAUUUUUCUGCACUAGUAUAGUCCAAAUUAAUUAUACAGCCAGAUUGAAACUGAUGAUCGUUUGGUAAUGAAUUUUAUUUCUGUUUAUUAUAUUUAUUUUCCAUUCCAUUUUUAUUUAUUGUUUAAUUUUCAACUUCAAAAACUACAGUAGCAGCCCUAGCAGGUAAAAUGGAGAACGACAGGCCAACGUGCUCUAAUUUUCGUUUUCGGCAAUAUGCCACGCAGCAUCUAGUUUUCAGUGACAUUUAAAAAAUAUAUACUUUUACUUUCAAAUCCCAUUAUUACCACGAGACAAUACAAAGAUGGCCGUAUGUAAUUAUAAUAACUGGAUAUGUAGGUAAUAAACUAAAGAGAUCAAAACUUGUAAUUUUUUUUCCGAUGUUGGUGAAACAUGGUAUGAUCUCAAUUUUAAGGAUUCAAUUUGUCCUAUCUACUGUCACCCCCCUGCACGCAACGAGGUCUCACACACGCACAAAAGGAACGGGGCUCUCGUACACACGUACACACAAGGGGGGGGGGGGGCAGAGAGGGGGGUGGUUUAGGAAUUUCCCCUCUACCGGCCGAAGCAGCCAGUAACACAAUGGGAGGGGAAGGGCCUCUUGAAACGGCCGAGCGAGAGAGAGAGAGAGACAGUGAGAAAGGGAGCAUGUUGUUCGCCACCGGACACCCCUUCCUCCCCGGCGCCAGCAUAGCCACGGCCCUCUCUCGCUUUGCAGCCUUUGUUUACUGCGUGAACCUUUUUUUCCUUCCAACUAACGGUAUUUUUCCUUGUUUGAAGAUGCCAUUUAAAUCACUCUUUCUUACGAAAGAGCCAACAAGGAAGCACUCGUAAUAACCAGAUUAGUUUAGGAUUACUAUUUACGUAGUCAAACUGACGGUGCAUUUCAAAACUCUCGUAACUUCGAAGGUCUCGUAGUAUCCCAUACUCGUAAUUAUGACUGUAAAGUGCAUCCUAAUUUUAAUAGGCGGAAUUAACAAGAAACAAUAUCUUGCCGCGCGAGGUAGAAAAAUAAAAUGCAAUAGCUGGAAGGGGGAAAAAAAGGUGUAUAAUAUUGUGCUGUGGUUCAGACACUUAUUUUGUAGUGACCCCGGAUAAUAGGUUGUUAAAAGGGUGUAGGGAGAUGCUGAGUUGGGACUGCCGCCGCUCUCCCUCCCGUAGCAAUAAAGGGGACAGGAGAAGGAUGGUGGCAACACAGUGCCAGUAUUGUUUACGGUCCAAUAAGCUGGGACACGGUAUACAAAGCCUUUGCUUGUACUCAUAGAAUUCUACUGAAGAGACACUCUUUUGCCAGUAAAUACACCAUUUUUAAGUGGUGAAACGGAUUAUCCGUUUUUUUUUUUAUGGGCAUUCAAUUAUCCGGGCAUCGGAAGGUCCCAAUUAACACGGAUAAUCGAGAGUUUACUGUAUGUGUACCCAUUUCCGAAGAUGGGUUCAGACUGAUAGGACAAGACUGAGUUUCUCGUAUUCUGACUUUAUCCCGUUCUUCACCCUUCAUUGUGCAUGCCACAGUUAGUAUGUCAUUUACACUUUGUUACAAUCACUUCAGCAUUCUACAAACUAUAGUUCCAUUGUUAGUUGACGCAACACACUGGUGCUUCUAUGCAACCUCCACAGAUGCAGUUCACUCCAAUGCGCCGAGAUUAAUUCGCUUGUACGCUGCCGCUGUCUCCUGAUGCGCAUGCUGGCUACAAACACGCUGCAACUUGACUCGAGACCACGCAAGCACUUCGCAGCCCAACACUACCCUUGUUAGGGUCUAUCAGUUUGUUUAGGAUAUGGUCUAGUUGCUUGCCUAGCAAACAUGAAUGCAAAAAGUUUAUGAGUGCAGUGUAUGUGAAAAAAUGCUACUGAGACAUAGUUUAAAUUGUUAAAGUGAUCGUAACAAGUGGAUGAUGAUAAAGACAGAGAUAAACCAAAACCUACCCCCGAUUUCACUCCUAAAGGAUGAAUUUUUAUAAAUGGAAAAAAAUACUAUAUGCACCUCUACAUGCACGUUCUUUAGUGUAAAGAAUUUGUAGUAACAAGGCUAGUAGUGAUGUAAGGAAUGUGAGUUUUAUAAGGUUGGCAGCAGAGUAGCCAAGAUGGCCAAUACAGAUGUGUCGGGUUGAAGCAUGUUGUUUAUUAAAAUCCUACAGACAAUAAAUCCAUAUAAUAAGAAGGGAUAUUACUAAUAAUAGUAAUGAGUUUCCCUUCAUAAAAAUUUAAAAAUGAAUAUGUAUAUUGCAUUUAGUUUCUUUCUUCUAAUUUCAAUGGAUUCAGAAGUAUUAGUUUUUUUUUUUUUUUUUAACCAUGCUUUGACAGUCCUUAGAGUUUGUAAUUCAAAAAAAUGUUCCAAUUGUGAUUUGUGGUUUAUAUAUGUUUAUUAAUGAAAUGAUACCCAAAUAUGUUUUCGUAGACAUGAUUACAGUAGAACCCCUGUCAUACACUUUUCAACGGAGGGCACAAAAAUGGUGUAUGAUGCGGGAAAAUGUAUGAAAAGGGAAUGGCAAUAACAAAAUUUGUUUCAAUCUAGCAUACCAGCACAAUGUCAGAUUAAACUUAAAUACAUAAUGUGUAAA